AUGCCGUCGCAAAGCGGCUUCAGCGUUCUACCGCCUCCGCCGCGAUACCCCGGAGUCGGCGGCUAUGGAGUCGGCGGCCUGGGUGGCAUUGUGCCACUUGUUGAGACAAAUAACACAAUAGAGAAGCCGACAGGGUCGGAGUGGCAAUUUCUCGUCGGAGAAGGCACCUACGUCCUCAGAGACGAUCUCUCUCUGGCAACGCCUCCUCCGCACCCUUCCGAAGCCCCCAUAGUGAACCCGAACCCCUUGGCGACAAAUCCACAGCCUGCCAGCUCCGGAACCAAACUGUCACUUGUCAGCCUCCACCCCAAACCACCGCCAUUUGUCUACAGAGGGGCUGCAGCUUCGUCGUUUGGCGGACUAGCGAGCCUAGAUGGAUCCAACGAUCUUCGGUACUCCACGGAAGGCGGCAUGAGCAGUGAAGACGGCCGAGCGACCUCUAACAGCGACAAUUACGGUCCACAGGUUGCUGUCGGCUCUGCUGCACCAGCAUUUGGAUAUGGCAAUAUGGCCCUGACGACAGCUGUCACCAAGGACGUCAACAAGAGAAAGAAGCCAAAGAACAAUGUCACAAAGAGCAACUCGUCAUUCAUCUCUAGGGUUAUUGUCAGUGACAGCUUAAGUCGGCGGCUCACAGACCGGCCCAGUGACGGCAUCUUUGCCUUUGCCAACAUCAAUCGAGCUUUUCAAUGGCUGGACAUGUCAUCAUCCACCAAGGCAUGUCGUCAGGAAUACCUCGUCAAGAUUCUCUUCACGAAAGCUCACUGCUUGUGCCACGACGUAAACAAGUCUACAAAGGGCGCUUCCCACCUCGAUGUCGUUAUGGGCUUCUCAACUGGAGAGAUUAUCUGGCUAGAACCCAUCUCACAGCGUUAUACCCGACUAAAUAAGAAUGGUGUCAUCAACAAUACGCCGGUGGCACACGUGAAUUGGCUUCCCGGGUCCGAGAACCUCUUCCUCGCAGCACACAUGGAUGGCUCGUUGAUUGUCUAUGAUAAGGAGAAGGAGGAUGCGGCAUUCACGCCUGAAGACGAGGCUUCUUCCAACGGAGGCUCCGAUGCCGGCGACGCAACAAAUGGAACUACGCCUGGCAUUAGCAUGGUUAUUCGCAAAUCGGUGCACUCCAAGAACCAGAAGAUAAACCCGGUGGCAGCUUGGAAGCUGUCAAAUCAGCGCAUACAUGCUUUUUCGUUUUCGCCCGACCACAGGCACUUGGCUGUUGUGUCUGAAGACGGAACUUUGAGGAUCAUUGACUAUCUCAGAGAAGAGCUUCUUGAUCUCUUCUUUUCGUAUUAUGGCGGCUUCUCCUGUGUGACAUGGACGCCAGAUGGCAGAUACGUUCUGACAGGUGGGCAGGACGACCUGAUUUCGAUUUGGUCUAUGGCAGAUAAAGCAUUGGUUGCACGAUGUCAAGGUCACGAAUCGUGGGUCGCUGCACUGGCAUUUGACCCAUGGCGCUGUGAUGAUCGUAACUAUCGCUUCGGUAGUGUCGGCGAAGACGGGCGACUAUGCCUGUGGGAUUUCUCGGCAGUGAUGCUGCACCGCCCCCAAACAAACCGACACCGGAGCUCUAUUUCUUCGCAUGUCGGGCUACCAGAGCGCGUCAGUAGCUACGACAGCAACGAGAGCCCCGGAAUUGCGCAUGCCGUGGAGCCGCGGGCACGCAUCCCGAUGCUGCCCCCAGUUAUGACCAAGGUUAUUGACAAGCAUCCGCUUUGCUUCCUCGAGUUCACCGAGGAUGCCAUCAUCACCAGCUGCAAGAAUGGCCACAUUAGAACGUGGAACAGACCGGGCAUGGGAGCCGCAGUGGAGCCGAAAUCCUCGGAGGCGGCUUCGUCAUAG